AUGAAUGAAAUUGAACAACAAUAUCGUAACCAAUUAACUAAAUACGCUGCUGAUGAUUGCCUUUCAAUACAACGAAUAUUAAUUAGUCUAAAUAUAAUUCAAUUAAAUUAUCACAUUUCAUCAACACGAACUUCUACAACUCCUACAACAACUACAGCAACAACAAAUAAAUAUCACACAAAUAUUGAACUUGAAUAUACAUUCGACGAAAAUGAUUUAUUUAUAAUGCAACAAUCUAUACACGAAUCAAAUGCAUUUAUUUUUAAUGAUAAAUCAUUAUCAGAAGAUAAUCAACGAAGUACACAACAAUCAAUUGAAUUAACACCAACUAUAGCAAUCUCUAAUAAAGAAACAAAUAAUGAUCGAAUAAAUAAAUUAGAAUUAACUUCGAAUACUUUUUCGGAUAAUAAUAAUGAAACAAUUGAUGUAUUAAGUCGUGAAAAACGUAAAAGAAUUCACGACCGCAGUUGUGCACUAAAACAACGAAAAAAACUUUACCAACAUGAAAUUGUGAUGCAUAAUACAGAUCGUUGGUUUAUCAUUACGAACAUAAAAACAAUUCUUCGACAAUAUUCAGUUGAUUUUUUGUGCUAUUAA